GGAAGUUUAGUUUAGUUUCCCUUGUUCCCCCAAAAACGGAGCCAAAACCCAAAUGCUGCUUUAUGCUUAUUGAAGCUAAAAGAGACUUCAGAGUUUUCCUGCGUAACAUCUCAUUCCUCAAACGCAAACUAAACUGAAUAAAAUGAUCAUGUCACGUCUGCUUCGUUCACACUCCUCGUUCCCCGGCCUACAUUUGAUGACCAUGUCCAAAAAUGGAAGACUAUUCUCAACAGAUUCAAAUAUGGUAGGUGAAUCCUUGAAAGCUGAGGUAGCAGAGACAGUAACGGUCACGCCACCUCCAACAGAGAAGCUACUUGUUUUGGGUGGAAAUGGAUUUGUUGGUUCACACAUAUGUAGAGAAGCUAUGGAGCAUGGUUUGACUGUAUCUAGCCUUAGCAGGUCUGGGAGGUCAUCUGUACAUGAUUCUUGGGCUGACAGCGUGGUCUGGCAUCAAGGAGAUCUGCUGUCACCUGAUUCAAUGAAGCAUGCAAUGAAUGGAGUGACCUCUGUGAUCUCUUGUGUUGGAGGUUUUGGCUCAAACUCUCAUAUGCAUAGGAUCAAUGGAACUGCAAAUAUAAAUGCUAUUAAAGCUGCUGCUGAGCAAUGUGUAAAAAGAUACAUAUACAUCUCUGCCGCUGACUUUGGUUUGAUAAAUUACUUACUGAAAGGAUAUUAUGAGGGGAAGAGGGCGACCGAAAAGGAGCUACUGACUAAAUUCCCCUAUGGAGGUGUAAUUCUUCGGCCAGGUUUCAUACAUGGGACUCGCCAAGUUGGGCGCAUGAAGUUGCCUUUAAGUUUAAUUGGAGCUCCAUUGGAGAUGGUAAAAAAUGUGGUUCUGCGAUAUGCAAAAGCGCUAACCAGAAUCCCUCUAGUUGGUCCACUUUUUACUUCUCCAGUCAAUGUGACUUCAGUGGCAAAGGUUGCUGUAAGAGCUGCAAUAGAUCCAUCAUUCCCUCCUGGAAUUCUUGACGUGUACGGUAUACUACAAUAUGGAGAACAAAAUUCAGCCUAACCAUUGUUAGGUAUCCAGAAUCUUUUCCUCAAGUAUAAGAUCACUGCAACUGAGCUACCCAUGUCUCUUAGUGGAAUAGGGUUCUUAAAUCUUGAUGCUGCUCCUGAUUGAGGCCGCUAUCUCGUAAAUUCUAAUUGAUACAUUUUUUGAGAUGUUUAUGUUGAUGAAGCAAUAAUAUGUGUCAGUUUGGCACAUUGGUAUUUUUUUUUUUUUUCCUUUUCAUUAUUCAUUGUUUCAAAUUGAUUCUAGAUUAUUGGUUAGUGGUGAAUGACAUUUUGAUAGUAUUACUUUUUCUUUUGAGGUCAA